CAUAGCUUCUUCGACCUUAAAAAUAAAAUACAUCGCUCAAUACGAAUUUCUUUGUCAAUCAAAGUAAAAUCAAAAUUUUUAAACUAAUCAAAAUGAUUCCCGAAAUAACUUUUCUUAUCAUCUUCUUGAAUUUGGCUAAUAGCUAUGAAUACUGCAAUAAAGAAACAAAGGUGUGCAUGGGAAAUACCAAACGACACAUUGUCUGUUUUAAAGAACAAAUUACACCAGAAGCCGAAUAUCAGAAACAUUACCCUAUGACUGAUUUAUUCAGGAAUUGGAUUCUCUAUUGGCAUAAUUAUUAUCGAAACGAAGUUGCUUGUGGAAAAGCACAAGGCAGUGAAGGCUAUUUACCCCGUGCUUUUCAAAUGAGGGAAUUGGCUUGGGAUUACGAACUUGAGUAUAUAGCAAGUAUUCAUGCUGGACGAUGUAAAAUGCAACAUGAUCAAUGUCGAAAUACUGAACGCAUACCAAUAUCGGGGCAAAAUUUAGCCUAUCACAAGACAACAGGACCUCCUCGUAAGGCAUUGGAUCGGGCACAAAUUUCAAUAUAUAAUUGGUAUAAGGAAUGUCAAUAUAUUCCAGAAUCCAUAAUUCAUAAUUAUGGAAAAAUAGAUUCAACUGCAAAAAUUGGUCAUUUCACGGUUUUGUCUAAUGACAAAGUUGGAAGAGUUGGCUGUGCCAUGACUUUUUGUACAAGCUUUCCGGAUAAAGAUGAAAAAUGGGUUUACAAUUUCCUAACUUGUAACUACGAUUACACCAAUGUUCCCGGAUAUCCUGUAUAUAAAAUUGGCAAUACAAGAAAUUGUGACGGUUUUAACGGUGAAAUAAGUUCAAAUUUUAGUUGUCUUUGUGCAAAAUCAUAUUAAAAAUUCAAGCAAUAAUAAAAUAAAUUUCUUUAAA